CGGAAGUGACUCGCCGGAAGCAGCAUGGCUGUUUUCCGGAUCUGGUCGCAUGCUGAAUCGCCGGCACCAUGCAGUCAGAUGAUGUUAUCUGGGAUACACUAGGAAAUAAGCAAUUUUGUUCCUUCAAAAUAAGAACCAAGACACAGAGCUUUUGCAGAAAUGAAUAUAGUCUGACUGGACUGUGUAAUCGGUCGUCCUGUCCCCUGGCAAACAGUCAGUAUGCCACUAUCAAAGAAGAGAAAGGACAGUGCUACUUGUAUAUGAAGGUUAUUGAGCGGGCAGCUUUCCCUAGACGUCUUUGGGAACGGGUUCGGCUUCAUAAAAACUAUGAGAAAGCACUGGAGCAAAUAGAUGAAAAUCUAAUUUACUGGCCCCGUUUCAUUCGACACAAAUGUAAGCAGAGAUUCACCAAGAUCACCCAGUACCUAAUUCGAAUCCGAAAACUUACACUAAAGCGACAGAGGAAACUCGUUCCUUUGAGUAAGAAGGUGGAGCGGAGGGAAAAAAGAAGAGAGGAAAAGGCAUUAAUAGCUGCUCAGCUGGACAAUGCCAUUGAAAAGGAAUUGCUGGAGAGACUUAAACAAGAUACGUAUGGCGACAUCUACAACUUCCCCAUCCAUGCCUUCGACAAUGCCCUGGAACAGCAGGAAGCAGAGAGUGACUCUUCAGAUGCUGAGGAAAAAGAUGAUGAUGAUGAUGAUGAUGAAGAUGUGGGAAAAAGAGAGUUUGUGGAAGAUGAUGAGGUGGACGAGAGUGACAUAAGUGAUUUUGAGGAUAUGGAUAAACUGGAUGCCAGCAGUGAUGAAGACCAGGAUAAUAAAUCCUCCAGUGAGGAAGAAGAAAAGGCCCUUGAUGCCAAACACAAAGGCAAAACACCCUUGAAAGGACCCUUGCAAAGAAAACGAGCAUAUGUGGAAAUAGAAUAUGAGCAGGAGACAGAGCCUGUGGCCAAGGCCAAAACCACGUGAUUUCCCUUGAGACAUUUCUAAACAGGACUUAACAUUUUCAGCUUCUUCCUUUCUUUUAUCCUCAACACAUACAUACCUCCAGUUUUCACUCUUUAUGUUGUAUAUAACAGAAUAUUUGUGUUUUUGAUAUUUAUGCCACUUCUGUGGGGCAAGAAUUCUAGCAUGGAGUGGAGGAAAUCCUUAAGUUGUAAAGAGUAUUUUUAUAGCUUUGGCAUAUGUGCUGAAGUGACAGCUUGAGCCCAAGAAGCUUAACAGAUGAGUCUGUGGUUGUCAAUAUUUCUAAUUUU